UGCUUGCAAAGUACUUGGGACUUUUAAUGUUAUCUUACCAUGAUCCUACCAUAACCCGGUAUUGCUACAGGCCACCAUAAGUCAAUUUGAGUCGGAACUUGCUGACCUGAAGAGCCGGCUGAAAACUCAAGAACUUGAAACUCAUAAAGCCAACUCCAAAUUUGAAUUCAGUGCCUCUGAAAAUGAGAAGUUGAAGAAAAAUUUUGAGUCAAAGAAGAAAGCUUGGGUCGAUGAGAAGGCCUCACUGGUGACUCGUGCCGAGACAGCAGAAGCAUCUCUUGCAGAGGCAACAACCGAGCUGUCCGACUUAAAACGGCAGAUAUCCCAAAUGGUCUCAGCCAUCUUCGGCCCCAGGAGUACCAACCUCAAGCAAAACAUGCUGAUCAAGCUUAAGGCGGUUUACACUUUAGUGGAACAGCUGUACUCUGGGUCACAACGUGCCUUGGCCGUUGUAGCCUUAUCAAAUACCACUCCCCACCUUCUGCAAGACAUGCUGAAGCAUCUCGCUGUGCUACCUCCGCGAAUUCAGGACUUAAGGCGGGCAUCUUCAAGAGCCGGGGUUGUGGCCGCAUUGAGCCAGGCAAAGGCAUGGAUGCCAGAGCUUGACCUGGCUGACCUCGCUCUUGGAUAUCCAAGCCUGAAGGAGGACAGUACUGUAUUUGAUGAUCAAGAUUUCACCGUCUGUGUCAAAGUCGUAUGUCCUUUGGCCACCCUUAUUGGGAAUGAUACUGAUCUUACCAAGUAUUCGCCGGGCUAUGAUAGCGAGAACCGGAGAAUCCCCAACAUUCCAUAUGACCAAGUCAGCCUAAUCCCUCCAACGCGUAAGCAUACUUUUGCCCCUGAAGUGGACCCGGCCGGUUUAAUAGACGAUGAGGCUGAGUUUGAAGCCUUGAGUGGCAUUGACUAGGCCUCGUCAACCUUCCAGGACAAAGCAACCGACGGAGAGGCGGAGAAGGAUAACCCGGAGUCGUCGAGCCUGCCGAAGGAGUGAACCGCCAGGCAUUUGAUACUUUUGCAAAAAACAAUGCUUCAUUUAUUCAGACUCGGGGAGUCUUGUAAUAGGGUAGUAGAAACUUCUCAAUGUUUGUCAUGCCUUCGCGCAUGUUCCUGGUGUUUAAUACUUUUGUAAGCCGCCAUUGCUAUAAAUUUUUGGCUUAUG